UCUCCCGCGAAAAGGAUUUUGUUUGCUGACCAUCCAUCUGUCAAUGUGGUUUGCAUCUAAUCUAUUUAUUUGUAUCUUGCUGAAAGGUUAAAGGGGCUGUGAACAAUUAUAAAUCCUGAAAUUAUAUUGUGUAUGUAAAAUGGCUCAAUCAACUGCACAAGCGUCAAAGACUGAUGCAAUCACCUUGAAAGGCAGUGCUGAGUUAGUAUGUGACUUUUUCACCUAUGGAGUAAACAGUAUUUUAUUUCAACGUGGGGUGUACCCGAUGGAAAGUUUUUCACGAAAGACAGCAUAUGGCUUGCCAACAUAUGUAACUGAUAAACCAGAGCUGACUGAAUAUAUCAACAGUUUCGUCAGUCAGUUAAAAACUUGGUUAAUGACUAAAACUAUCCAAAAGAUUGUUUUGGUGAUAACAUCUGUUGUGACGAAUGAAGAUCUUGAAAGAUGGCAGUUCAAUGUUGAGUGUGAUAAAACUGCAAAUGAGUCGACACAACAGACAGAGAAACCGCUUAAUGAAAUACAAAAAGAAAUUCAAAAUGUGAUUCGUCAAAUUGUUUCCUCUGUAACUUUUCUACCUCUGAUCGAUGAGCUAUGUUCGUUCAACAUCUUGGCAUAUACUGACAAAGACUCCGACGUUCCGGCAACGUGGGAAGAUGGGAGAGAGCAUUACAUUUCCAAUUCAGAAGAAGUAAAACUUAAAAAUUUCUCUACGCUGAUUCACAAAGUUGACAUGGCGGUUUGUUAUAAAGUGUCGUAGUCACGUGACAUAACACAUGGCAGGUAAAUUUAGGACCAAAAAGAAAUCCUCUCGGAUGAUAUCAGACAAGUGACUAAUUUUUUUUGUAAAUAUUGUAUAUUUCUAAUGUGUGGAAGAACUCUUUUUUCAACUCUGGGAGAA